AGGCCACCCCCACCACCUCCUCCGACGAGGCCGCCCCCUCCUCCACCACCACCUCCUACUAGACCACCCCCAACUAGGCCUCCAGUCAGGCCGCCACCAACAAGACCCCCAGUUAGACCACCACCACCUCCGCCCCCUCCACCGCCAACAAGGCCACCGCCAACAAAAGCACCUCCUACUAGGCCUCCUGUGAGACCACCACCACCACCAACCAGACCACCUCCACCUCCUCCUCCACCACCUACAAGGCCACCACCAACAAGACCGCCGGUUAGACCACCACCACCUCCCCCACCAACCAGGCCACCACCUCCACCACCAACACGGCCACCUGCAACACGGCCACCUGCAACACGACCACCAGUUAGACCACCUCCUCCACCCCCACCUCCACCACCCACUAGACCUCCACCUCCUCCUCCAACAAGGCCUCCAACUAGGCCUCCAGUUAGACCGCGGCCUCCACCUCCACCACCGACUCGUCCUCCAGUUAGACCGCCUCCACCACCUCCACCGCCGCCAACAAGACCACCAGUCAGACCACCACCACCACCGCCGCCAACAAGACCACCUGUCAGACCACCACCACCACCGCCAACAAGACCACCUGUCAGGCCUCCGCCACCACCACCGCCAACGAGACCACCCGUUCGACCACCACCGCCACCUCCACCAACUAGACCACCAGUUAGACCGCCACCACCUCCUCCACCUCCACCUCCAACAAGACCACCUGUAAGACCUCCACCACCUCCUCCACCUCCACCUCCAACAAGACCACCUGUAAGACCUCCACCACCUCCUCCUCCAACAAGACCACCAGUUAGACCACCACCACCUCCACCACCUACAAGACCUCCAGUUCGACCACCUCCACCUCCACCACCGCCUCCCCCAACGAGACCACCAACAAGACCACCUCCAACAAGACAACCACCAACAAGACCACCAGUCAGACCACCCCCGCCACCACCACCAACUAGACCGCCGGUCAGACCACCACCAACAAGACCUCCAGUUAGGCCACCACCAGUAGAGGAAGAUUGUGUAUCUGAAGGACCUCCUCAGAAGGUUCCCAGGCCUGAUCGACCUCAACCAGACGGAUCUAUGCCACCAUGUGCAUUAAGUGGAAAGAACUUCUGCAUACUCACAGACGACUAUCCUGAGGACUUCGUAAACCGAGUGGUGGACAAAAGUAUGACCAAAGUUCGCAUCAUGUACGAAGAACUGCAAACCGUUGGUGAUCCAGAACUGUUCAAACAUCAAUUUGGUGACAGUCCCGCGGCUCGAGGAAGCUUCGCUUGCGAGACAGAGGCCAACAUCAUGCGACCCGGCUGGGCACAAGAAAGCAUCUCCGGCGAUUGGAUGGUCAUCAUCAACACAGACCUGUUCCCACAGAAAGUCAGGACAGAGAGCUGCUCGCGUCCAAAUGAAGCUUGCUCUUUCAUAUCACCUUUCUACGAUUCAACGUGCCAACAGCGAUACAGUUUGCAUCGGUUGCUAGCUGUUUAUCCUCAUGACCCCAACCGCAGUCCUGUGGUGGCUCUCUUCAAAUUCCCUGCUGGAUGUGCUUGCAGGGUCGAUCCCAUAAGGAAGAACGACAUAGAACAAAGGAAAAUUAAGAAAUGAAUCUGAUCGUUGGUUGAUUCCGAGCUAUGGAAAACUCCUAGUGGAAUUAUCAGAAAUCAGUUAGAUCAUUUAAAUAAAUCGGAGAUCUCUAUGUAACGGACAAACCAGUAUUCGAAAUAUUCGUAUGUCACUUAUACAGAGACUCCGUUGACAGUGUUUUUUUGUGUUCCAUUAGUGAUUUGUGGGUUUUUUUGUGUAGUUUUGUUCAUAAUUGGAGGAGACUUUAAUGUCUAAUAUUUGUGAUUUUCUUUUGGAACUUUGAUAAUGAUUGUUGAUAAUGUUGAUGAAGUUGCCAAAUCCGGGCCAGAAGAUCAAGUCAUAAAUGUUUGUAUCACUUAAUAUGACAUGUUAGCAUCAAAUGUUUUUGCCAAUAAUUUCUACAAAAGAAAAAAAAAUGUUUGUGUCUGUUAUAUGUAUUUUCAGGUAAAUCUUGUUGUGAAGCUUUCUUCCUCGGAAUAAUUAUAAGAUAUAGUAGUAGAAUCUUUAAUAAUACCUUUUGGACAAAUAUGUUUUUGUACCACAAAAUAAAUUUUUUGCAAAAAACAUUUUACUUAAAAUAUUUUUCGAAACUUUAAUCUUUUAUCGACUGUCUUCUUAAAAAUCAUUUGAAGCACUUUUUAUGCAUAACAUAAAAAGUUCGCUUUUUAUUGAUCCAAAAUAUUUGAAUAAAUAUUUAACUAAAAAAAGCUUAUAUUUAGGAAGCACUACAUCAUGUACAUAAAUGUGAUAUUCAGUAUUUCUACAUUGUUCAAAUAUAUCUUUAUUUUUUGAAAUGCGUUUUGUACAGCGGAAUUGAGAGUUAUUAAUAGCAUAUAAAAUAUUCUUGUACUGCGAAAUGUUUUACAAAAAGAUCAGCAUUUUAAUAUUUUUACAUUUUCCUAGAAAGUGUAUUUUACUAGAUAAAGUAAUGUAUUUUAUAAUGUGUUUAUUAAAGAUAAAAUUUGAUAUUUAAAUGUUCCAAAAAAUCAUGUGAUACAUUAUCUUAAUAUAUGAAAUCUUCAUAAUGUAGGUCAUUGCAUUGUGUAAAGAUAACUUUUCCAAACGAUCUUUUUAAAUUGCUGUUGUAAUGCGUCUUAAUAGAGCAGAAACUAGGCAAUCUUAGUAAUUAUACAGACAAAAAAAGAACAUAGCCUAUUGUCUAAGUUUGAUCAAUUGCUGUUCAUUAAAUCACCUGAAUUCUUUCUUGAAUCAUUCAUAAACGCUUUUAACGAAUAAGGCGUGGUUGGAAAAAUUUCGCACAUAUCAUUAAUUACUUGUUAUUGAGUGUUUUGACUCGUUCAACUUUAAAUGUUUCAUUGUAAAAGCGUGUAUUACUUUUAAUUUUACCGAAAUUAGCUUCAAAAGCUCUAUAAGAAAAAUAGAACAUUGUGAUUUUCACUUUGAUUACUUUUUUUUGCCGUGUGUUCUUAGGUUUGCAUACAGCGAGUAUCCACACAACUAUCCACCACGACACACAAAUUAGAACCUAAAUACAAUAAGUUACAACAUAAUUUUAACAAGUAAACUUUUUUAUGGUUUGAUCCUUCAUAUCGCAGCUAAUUGGGGGUAUUUUAUAAUUUAUUGUAAAAAAUAAAACGCGAAAAUGUCCUAAUCAUACAUGCCUUAUAAUGAUUUCUCAAAUCGCAGUUAAAGUAUAGUUAUUUUAUAUAAAGCCUGUUCCGAGUGUUUUAACUACUGUAAAAGAAUCAUAUUUUAAAAUUCUUCUAAAGAAUUAUUCUUGAUAAAAGUUA